AUGAGCUACCAUCGUGCCAUCACCAUCUUCUCGUCGGACAGCCACCUCUUCCAAGUGGAGUACACACAGGAGGCCGUCAAGAAGGGCUCCACUGCAGUUGGUGUUCAAGGAAGGGACAUUGUUGUUCUUGGGGUGGAAAAGAAAUCAGUGGCCAAAGUACAAGAUGAAAGAACAGUGUGCAAGAUCUCUGCUUUGGAUGACAAUAUCUGCAUGGCCUUUGCAGGCCUCACUGCAGAUGCAAGGAUAGUUAUCAAUAGGACCCAGGUAGAGUGCCAGAGCCACCUGCUAACUGUGGAGGACCCUGUCACCGUGGAGUAUAUCACCUGCUACAUCGCCAGUCUGAAGCAUCGUUAUACACAGAGCAAUGGGUGCAGGCCGUUUGGCAUCUCUGCCCUCAUUGUGGGUUUUGACUUUGAUGGCACUCCCAGACUCUAUCAGACCGACCCCUUGGGCACAUACCAUGCCUGGAAGGCCAACGCCAUAGGCCGGGUUGCCAAGUCAGUGCGUGAGUUCCUAGAGAAGAACUAUACUGAAGAAGCCAUUGAGACAGAUGACCUGACCAUCAAGCUGGUGAUCAAGGCCCUCCUGGAAGUGGUCCAGUCAGGUGGCAAAAACAUUGAACUUGCUGUCAUGAGGCGAGAUCAGCCCCUCAAGAUUCUAAAUCCUGAAGAAAGUGAGAAAUAUGGUGCUGAAAUUGAAAAAGAAAAAGAAGAAAAUGAAAAGAAGAAACAAUAUAAAGCAUCAUGAUGAAGAAAUCUCCCUU